CCAAUGGAGAUAAUCCAAUCCGAAGUGGCACUGGAGACUGAUGCACAAUCGGUCCAAAUCAAACAUCAAUUACUCUACGGGAAACCUGCGACUGGGGGCGAAGCGCCAACGCUGCGCGUAUAAGGAAACUAGGACGCGCAUUUGCGCUCAGGUACCAUCGCCCUUUAAGGGCCCGGGAUGAGCAUGCGUGGACGAGUGUGGGGCUUAACCAGGACCCAGCACAUCAUUGUCAAACAUUGCAAUAAGGUCUGGCUGCACGCAGUCCGACUUGCAACCGGCGAGAGGGGAGCGCGCACAACUUCUUUAGCAAUAAACGACAGCACAAUCGCGGAAGGUAAGGAAGGCAUCCUGAAUGGCGCCUGUGACAUUAUAACAAAUAACGACGGCAUGAAGAGACCCCUGAGCCCCACCCGCCUGCUGGAGAAUGGCCGGCUAUGCCUGCCGUUUGGCACGUGCCUGGAUCUGGAGGAGGCCGGCGACGGCGCCGCCGAGCUGCGGCUGACUCAGGAGAAGAAGAAGCUGCUCUUCUCCCUGUGCGAGGUCUGCAACAUCCAGCUGAACUCGGCCGCCCAGGCCCAGGUCCACUACAACGGGAAAUCCCACCUGAAGAGGGUCAAGCAGCUCAACAACGGCGAGCUGCCCCCAGCGGGCAGCCCCGCCAACCCCAUCACCUCCUCCAGCAGCUCAGGAAGUUCAUGCCAUAGCAACACCCUUCCUGCUCUGGUGCGGACACCUCCUCUGAUGAUGCAGUCCACGCUCGAUAUGAAACCGUUCAUGUCCUUCUCAGUGGAUACCAGUUCUCCAGCUGGGCUCUUCCCCAAUUUCAACACGAUGGACCCUGUGCAGAAAGCCGUGAUCAACCACACAUUCGGGGUCUCCAUCCCUCCAAAGAAAAAGCAAGUUAUUUCCUGCAGCAUCUGCCAGCUGCGCUUUAAUUCAGAUAGCCAGGCCGAGGCACACUACAAAGGCAGCAAACAUGCCAAGAAGCUCAAAGCACAGGAGUCUACGAAAAAUAAGCAGAAAAAUGCUCCUUCCAGGGACAAGGCAAAGACAAUCACCAUCACAGCGGCAGGCACUGCCAACAACCCUGACCAACCAGAAAAUAACGAGGCGACCCCCACUGUGCCUAAAGCCGCCACUCUUCCUAAACCCUUUGCCCCCACUGCUGGUGCGGCCCCAGUGCUCAGCCUCUGCAAGCCUGCGCCGGAGCCCCUGGCUGCCCUCCCCCCCGCCGAGACGCCGGCGCAGACCCCCGCACCCACCGAUGAGUCUGAGGAGGAAAAGGCCAAGAAGCUUCUCUACUGUUCGCUAUGCAAAGUGGCCGUCAACUCGCUCUCCCAGCUAGAGGCUCACAACUCAGGUUCGAAGCACAAGACCAUGCUUGAAGCCAGAAACGGAGCCGGCCCCAUUAAGGCUUAUCCCAGACCUGGUUCCAAGCUGAAGGUCCAGGCUGCUGUGACGAAGGGGUCGGGGCUUCAAAACAAAACGUUCCACUGCGAGAUCUGCGACGUGCACGUCAACUCGGAGAUUCAGCUUAAGCAGCACAUUUCUAGCAGAAGACACAAAGACAGGGUGGCUGGGAAACCCAUAAAGCCCAAGUACAGCCCCUAUAACAAGCAGCAACGUAGCACCAACGCAUUGGCAGCCAAACUCGCAUUCCAAAAAGACCUGGUGAAACCACUGUCGCCAGCUUUCAUUUCGGCCCCGUUCUCCGCCACGACGGUGCCCUCCAUCUCCCUGCACCCGCGACCCAACACCUCCCUCUUCCAGACGGCUGCUCUUCCAGCCUCCUUCCUCCGAGCCGCCCCUGGACCAAUACGACCAGCGGCGGGUUCCAUCCUAUUUGCUCCUUAUUAAUCCCUUCAUCCACACUAGAAUGGAGGCAGAACCUCCACAGGCUGAGCGACCAUUCCAGAAGGGCCUCUUCAGUGCCGUACGUCAUGCAAUGGAGGUCCCAGCUGCACCCACAGCAACGUGGAUUCUUCUAUGACUUGACAGGACUGGGAGUGCUUCAGACGACAGUGUGUUGAUUUAGCUUAUGUUCCCUCAACGGUGUUCUCCAACCGACUGAACCAAAUUGGAUCGACUGAGGGCUUGUACAUGUGAUACAAUAGGAAUGAAGAACAUCAAACUGCUUCCUGAAUGACUUGAAGUUCCACCGUCUUCCGAUUCAAUGGCAAGUGACAACUUCACCUACCCAUGUAAUGUGGUUUGCCACCAUCUCAUAGGACAGCGUGCAAAAUUCAAUCACAUCAUGAUGUUGUCAGGGAUUGUAUAAUGCUGUUUGGGCCUAAGUGCUGUUGUGUAUUGUUGUAGUUAAUGAGCUAUAUUUCGGUUUAUUUAUUGCCUACUGAUUCUAUGUUUUUCUCUGCACAAACACCUCAGAAGAGAACAACUCCCAGAUAGCCAUAAUAAAUCAUGUCUCAGUAAGAGUAUUUUCAGCAUAUGCUUUUGAAGGAGGCUACAGUUCAUAUUCUCAGUGGGUUGGACUGAUGACUGCAGUUAAAGUUUUUUUUUUUUUAAGAAUAAAGGUCAAAUAUGGCAAUUAUCCAUUAUCUUACCUGCCUGUUUUUUGGUAGGGAAUUCAUUGGCCUUUCAUUACUUUGCAAUAGAGUAACAAUAGCACGUUACCUUGCAGCCCCUCAACGCAAUAAUGUACAGAUCAUUAGAUAUUUAUAUUCACUUUAGUGUGUUUAAUGUUUACUGUGCAAGUUAAAAGAAUUGUAUUGUAUGGGGGCAGAGAUAAAGUGCUUAGAUACAGUGAUUUGUAUUUUUAGAACCUUAAAAACAUCCAUACUAAGAAUUACAACGAGUCAUUCAUUAAAAUGUAGGAUAAGUGUUUAGUGUUUAAUAUGUAUGUACAACACAAAAAGACAUCUACCUGUAAAUGUACCUUUUCAAUAAAACCGUAGAUUUAAAUUGUUUGUUCUCAUAUUAUAAAUUGAUUUUUGUAUUAUAGAAUUCCAAAUAUAUAAGUACAAUUCCCACUUUGAAAAGAGUUUAUAUGAAGCUGAUCUCAGUUCAGAAAUUAACAGAGCUAUAUAAAGGUCUACAGCUGUAUUUAGUAGCAAAGCAUGCUAAUGUAAGAAGAGUAAAUUGAUAUUUUUUUUCUGUAUGAUAUGUACAGUAUUUAUUUUUGGAAAAUUUUCUAUUUUGCAAAGAGUACCAAUACUGUCUUCAUUAAACUAGUUUAGAGAUAAGUAAUUUGGAAGGAUUGUUUUCUAAUAAAUGGUUUCAUUUACAGUAUGUCCUUUUUUAAAACCCAAUGUUACAAUAAUUCAUUUGUAUUGGAAGCAUGUACCACUUCAGUCAAACUUUAAAAAAAAAAUCUGUAUUUCAAGAGCUUAAACAAUGUUCAAUUAACAUUUAGCCAACAGCACUCUUUGCAGAGGAAAAAAAUGCAAAGGACACUACUCAACAAAAAUGAUGUUUACAUGCAUCAACAAAAGUGAUUCAUUCACAGUACCUCAGUAUCUUAAUUCCUGUUUUACAGAAUUUCUCUGGACAUGUUGAUAUCUUAGGGACAGACAUGAAAUCUCUUCCUCAGCUACUAAGGAGAGCAAGUGCUUGUGUCAAAUGCUGUAAUAAAAACCACCUAAUGACACCUUUGGUAGCAUGAUCAAAGUCAGUAUCUUUUGUUGAAUUAAACUACCAAAAAAAAAACGAAAAUGCCAUAUCAUUGUGGUCCAUGGUUCAUGGUUGUUUUUCCACAACUAGCUAUUCUUCAUCAUCCAAAAUCUGUAUUAACUACAUCAUUAUUAUAAGUAAAAUUAAGUUUCUCUAUGUGAUCCUAAAUUUCAUUUAAUAGAAAAAUACACAGCUAUUGAAGAAGGUUCAGAUUUUAUGUACCAGUAAAUUGUUUUUGAUGUUAUUCACCUCACCUAUCUAUGUGUUUGAUUUAGUGACAUUUCUUUCCCUUCAUAAAGGGCAAACGAUCUUUACUGUUUAUGAUUUUGUCAUGUGGCUUAUAGCUUAAGCAUUUUCUCAUUAAAUGUUUUAACAUCAACGUC